UUUUUUUGAAUAUUUCAAAUUUUAGGUAUAUUAUGUAAACGACAAAAACUCGAUGCCACAAGGAAUUCUUUACACACCAAAUGAGAUAGUUUUCAAUUUAAAAAAGCCACCGCGCACAAUGUCGCUUACAACAAAGAGGUAUUUUGCAUUCAUAUUCUCAUUUUGCAUCUUCAUGUACCUAGUUUUGUAUUUCUACGUUCUUCCGGCAGAAGUGUUAGUUGAUGAGCAGUAUGGACGCGGUCUUGAUGAAGAAUUACUGAAUCAAAAAAAAGGACUUGAAGAAUCGAUAAUCACACAAGAGUGCUCAACAGUUACGGAUAAUUGCUAUGUGGUAGUGGAUAAAAAAGUGGAGACGGAACUCGGUCAAAUGGUUGAACGGCACAUGUAUGUGAAGGGGUUCGAGGAUGAAAGUGAUACAAUUGUGAGGCUGAUUCCUCAAGGCGAUCGAACAUUCGAAUAUUCGGACACGCGAAUGUGGAAGGUCGAUCAUCUCUCGAUUCGAGCACAAUACAUUGCUGCUCUCAUCAGCGCUCCAUUCAUCGUGUCCUCACUUUCAUUAGUGGAUUCUGAUAAUGAUGGCAAAGCUAUACUGGAAAUUGGAUUGGGAGGUGGUAGUUUGGAUAUGUUUCUUCAUCAACUAAAUCCUAAACUUAACAUAACUGUUGUUGAACUGGACCCGGUUGUUGUCGGCAUUGCUCGUAAGUGGUUCAAUGUAGUCAACGACAAUACUCGGAGAACCAUCACCGCUGAUGGACUGAAGUUUAUUAAGGAAGCCAAGAAAAAUGGAGAAUUGUACGAGGUGGUUUUUCUGGAUGCCUGUGACAACUCUAAAAUCAUUCCAUGCCCAUCGAAAAUUUUCAGAAAUCCUGAAACUUUCAGCACCUUAUCUUCAAUAUUGAGUAGCACUGGUGCUCUCAUUGUCAAUAUACUACCACAAAAUGAUGAUACAGCUGGCGUGAUUCAGAUUGUCGAAGACCUUUCCCAACACUUUGGCUCUUGCAUUAAAGUUUCCAUCACUGAUGAAGUGAACGUUAUAGCAAUCUGUACAAAACAAGCAUUCACGGACAGCACAUCGAACGUGGAUUUCUUGAAACGACGAGCCAACGCCGUGACAAUGCGAUUGGGUCUGCAGGACGUGUUGAAAACUAUCAAAAUAAACUAGUCAUUAUUGACCGGAUCUCUACUAAGUUUAGGCUUCUUUGGUUCAUUUUUCUUUCAUUUUUCUAGCUGUUCAGUUUGUAUACAUACGUAGGAAAAACAAACGGAUAUAAUUGAAUUUUCACGGUCGAUAGCUUUAGUUUUUGUUGAUUUGCUCAAAACAGUCGGCUUUCCAGAAAAUUUUUUACAGCUUGCCAGUGUUCAUUGUGUUUUAAAUAAAGUUAUUUCAGGAACAAA